AUGGCUCUAAAGAAGUCAUUACUAUCACUGGAUUCCAGUGACAGUGACUCUGAGGAGUUACCAACAUUUGCCUUUCUGAAAAAACAACCAUCUUCAACAAAGAGGCAGUCUCAAAGGGAAGAGAAGAUUAUAGUGGUUGACAUCUCUGAUUCUGAAGUCUCCUGUCCUCCACUAGGGUUGAAAGAUUCACCACCUGUCCCAGGGACAGCUGAAACUAUUACACAGACAGAGGCAGGCAGGGCGCCAAGCAGUGGAAGUGAGGAUGAAGAGGAAUUUAUUCCCCUGGCAGAGAGGCUUGCAUGUAAGUUUCUGACCCACAAGCAGCUGAGCCCUGAGGCCUCCAGCUCCCCAAUUAAAAGUGUUUUGGAUCAUCAUAACAAUGAAGGAAAAUCAUGUGACAGGAAAAAGCAGCCCUCACCAAAGAUCUCUGAUGUUCCCCUUCAUGGUACACCAGAUAAGAGUACAUCAGAUAACAAGGACCCUAUCUUAGACAGUCCGUGCUGUUCGCUUCUAGCCUACCAGUCUGUCUUCCCUGUCCAGAGUGACAGCUUGACAGUAACCAGGACAAAUUCUGACAUCCUUCUACCUCGAAAGAAGACCAAGCAUAGUGAGAAGGCCCAGGGAAAAGGCUUGCAGGGAUGCUGGCAGCAGAGACAAACAAGCCUGAAAGAAAGCACCCUGAGACAACCAGAAAGAAAGAAGAAGGCAGCCCUGGUUAACAGGGUGAAAGCCCAGAGGCCAGAGGAAUGCUUAAAACACAUCAUUGUGGUGCUGGAUCCAGUGCUUUUACAGAUGGAAGGUGGGGGCCGGGUCCUCGGAGCACUGCAGUCCAUGGGGUGCCGCUGUGUGAUUGAGGCACAGGCCGUGCCUUGCAGUAUCACUUGGAGAAGGGCUGGGCUUUCUGAGGAUGGAGAGGACUGGGUGGAGGAGCCAACAGUCCUGGUGUUGCUCCUGGCAGAGGCAUUUGUGUCCAUGAUCUACAGCGCAAAGCAGGGAAGUCUGGACCACACAGAGAAAGCAAAGGAAACACUUCAGGACUUUGUAACUGACAUCACAGCAAGGACAGCAGGAAAAGCUCUGUCACUGGUGAUUGUGGAUCAGGAGAAGUGCUUCAGUGCUCAGAACCCUCCAAAGAGAGGGAAACAGCAAGUAGUACGUAAACAGGCCAAGGAGAAGCAGCAGAGACAACCUGAGGCCAACACAAGGUCCGUGGUGUCCAGGAUAGACAUGGAAGAGGCACUGGUGGAUCUGCAGCUACACACAGAAGCCCAAGCUCGCAUUGUGCAGAGCUGGGAAGAGCUGGCUGACUUCACAUGUGCAUUCACAAAGGCUGUGGCUGAGGCACCCUUCAAGAAGCUCCGAGAUCAAACUAGCUUCUCCUUCUGCCUGGAGGGUGACUGGGCUGGUGGAGUGAAGGUGGACCGCUCUGGCAGAGGACUCGCCCUGGUCUGGAGGAGACAGAUUCAGCAGCUGAACCGAGUCAGCCUGGAAAUGGCCAGUGCUGUUGUGGAUGCCUAUCCCUCCCCACAACUCCUGGUACAGGCUUAUCAGCAGUGUUUUUCGGAGCAAGAACGCCAGAAUUUGCUUGCAGACAUACAGGUACGCCGGGGGGAAGGUGUGACAGCCACCUCCCGCUGUGUUGGGCCAGAGCUGUCCAGGCGCAUCUUCCUUCAGAUGACUGCUUUACAUCCAGAUCUUUCUUUAGAGAGUGCUGAAUGAUGCUAGCCCUCAGAGACAAGACUGAAAGGCCGGAGACUGUCAACUCCCCAACCUAAAAACCUGGCUGCAAUGAAGAGACAGGCACAAGCCUGG